AUGAUUCCCACUCUUGUCAAUACUGAAUCUGCCGAAAUCCGCGACUACUUCAACCUCUGCAAGAAGGACUUCGUUCUCAGCGUUCCUGCCGUCUGUUCUCACAGAAGCACCGUUGAGGCUAUCCAGAAGGCUGGGAUUCACCCAGUUUUGGUGAUCAAGGAGCUCGAGGCUGCGGCGCUCAAGCUAAUUAUAUCCGGGUCAUAUAGCCCCAUGAUGCUUGGGUUUCCAUUGCCAAGAGACGAGGCUACUAUGAUCUCCACCAGACGGACCGGCACUACGGUGUCAGCACCUGGAGAGUUCCACAAGGUGGACAUUGACUGCAAGUUUCACAAAAUAAUAGGUCACGAGUUGAAGCGAAGCGAACCUGUCAAGUUCCGGUUCCACCGUACGUUGGCUUUUAAGCACGAAUCCGACGAUCUCAUAUUCUACGACGACCUCGUCUACUCGGACACCCGUAUUGCCCCCGUGUAUCCCGGCUGUGACGUGAAGGUCUGCUGCACCCUCAUGGGAGAUAUUCAGUUGGUAGACCAAUCGUUAUUUAAGAAGCGGACCGAUAUCGAUGGCAAAAUUUACCUCGAUUUCCGCUUUUAUUUCGCCGUCUCGACCGGCACGGCCAACCUGAAGUUUUUCCUUGAGGUGGAUGGGAAGAAGAUGGGCAGCGUUGAGGCCACCUACGAGUAG